AUGAGAAGUAUCUAGCAAGCAAAUUAAGGACAAUCACCCAUCGGAAUCAAAGUAUAUUUUUAAUUUGAUGAUCUUAGUAAAUUGAAACUCAAGUAUAAAAAGUAAAAUCAGAACUCAAAAUUGAACAUUCACAAGCAUUAGAACGAACCAUGAAAGAGUCAAAAAUUAAUAAAGAGGCUGCAUAAUAGCUUAGUCAGAGAGUAGAAAAGCUUUAGGAGGAAAAGGAAAAAUAUAAAAAGCAAGCUGAUGAGAUGCUUAAGAAGACAGAAGGGCCAGGUAUCCUACGAUCAUCAAUUCACAGUAGUAAAUCAUUAAAAAUUGAUAAUGACAAACUUAGUCAAGAUUAAAAUAAACAACGAGAAGUACUUACUAUGGAGCUUGAGAAGAAUUAAAAGGAAAAGUUACUUUAAACCGAAAUAGAAAAUCUGAAAAUAGAAAACGCGUAAUUAACAAAUGAUCUCAAUUAAGCUUGGAAUGAUAAUGACCAAAAGGAUAAACAAAUUGAAUAACUUUCGACUUAAAAUUCUAUUUUAUUGAAAGACUUAUAAGAUUUUUAGAAUAAAUUGAUGAAGGAAAAGUCUUCUCAAAAAUAAUCAUAAACUCCUUAAAAAAUAAAUGAAUCAUAAAAAAAUUCAAUUGAUGAAAAGUAUUAUUUUUUUUAAUUAUUUAGCUCUGCUAUUAUCUAAAAUUAUGAAAAAUAAAUAAGUGAUUUACAAGAGGAAAUCGGUGAAUAUGAAGAGACAUUAAAAUCUAAUCAACAAGAAAUAAUAAAUUGGUAAAAUAAAUAUUCAUAACUUUAAUCGAAUAAAGAUGAAAUUGAUAAUUAUUAUGCAAGUAUCUAAUCUUCUAAAUUUAGUUGCAUAUGGUAAAAUUGAGAAUUUGCUAGAGUAAAAAGAGGAAAUGGAAAAUUAAAGACGGGAAGAUUAAAUCAAAAUAAAUGAGUUAGAAGCAAGCAUUACAGUUUUAAAAAAUAAUUUAAAUGAACUAGACAUUGAAAAUAAGAGGCUUUUGGAUUAAAUUGAUACUAUAUAAAACAGUAAUUAAGAAUUAAAAGCUGAAAAUCUAAAGUUAUAUGAAGAAUUGACAUCGAAGCCUUUAGAAGUAAAAUUAAAUCUUUAAAAUGAUCUGAUUGAAUUAUGUAGUGGUAAUAAUGAAGAGAUUGAAUUGAGUUCAUAAUUCAAACAAUUAAGUGAUGAUUUUUCUAAUUUGAAAGCUAAAUAUACAGAAACAUUGGAUUAGAAGGAAACAUUAGAAAAUGAUAAAAACAAGAAAUAAAAAGAGAUUUAACUUUUGAAUGAUUAAAUUAAAAAAUUAGAAAACAAAGUAAAGUUACAAGAAAAUGAUAUUCAAGAAUGGACUAAUAAAUAUAAUUAAAAUAACAUUAAACUCAAUGCUAUUUUAGAGUAAGAGAAUAAAGAUUAAAAAAAGUUUGAAGAACUAGAGUUGCAUAUAAAGGAUUAAGAAAUUAAAAUUAAUGAUCUAGAAAUAGCUUUAAAAUAUUAAUAAAAAGAUUUAACACCUAGAUCAAAAGAUACUUCUAUUAAAUAACGAGAUUUAGAGGAUAAAUUAAAGCAAGCCAACGAAUAAAUAAAUGAUUUAAAAAAGGAGAUGCUAAUAUUUUAAUAGCGAUAAAACAAUUAAGAUGAUUCCACCUUUAAGUAGAUGUUAUAGGAAUUAGAGCAGGAAAAUAAAAAUAUAACCUCAGAUAAUAAUUAACUAUUAAUUAAGUUGCAGGAUGCUGAAAAAAAAAUUAAUGAUUAUGAAUAAAUAAUCCAAUAAUAAAAGUAAGAACACGAAUAAAUAAUCAAUCUAUAGAAAAAGGAAAAUACAGAGGAAAAAGAGGCUCAAAUAGCUAGAUUAAAUUAGGAAAAAUUUAAUGCUCAAAAUGCUAAAUUAACUUAGGAGUUAAUUCAAACAAAAAAUAAAAAUAGUAAGAAUAUACGAAUCAUCUUUAUUUUAGCAGGAAAGUUGAUGAGAAAUCAAAAAUAAAUAUAUGAUUUAGAAAAUAAACUUAAAAAACAGAAAGCCAUUACUGAUCAAAUAUUAGAUAAUCAAAAAAUUGAAAAAUUAAAUAUUACUGAUUAAAUUUAAUAAAUUGAUUAGUCUAAAGAUAAUACAUCAGUUGCAAAAGAAUCAAAUGUUCAAUAAGAUUGGCAGGAAGAAUUUAGGAAACAAAAAUUACAAAAUCAAAAACUUUUAUGCAAGAUUUUAAAAAUUGCAACUUAAUUUUAAUAAAAAAAAUCGAUUAUUUUAUAAUUAGAGAAAAGGCUUGAAAAAUAAAAGGCAAUCAAUACAGAAUUAAAUGAAAAUUAAAAAACCAUAGAGCAAUAGUAAAAACUAAACGAAGAAUAAAUAGUAUAAAAAUAAGAAGAAGUAAUUGAUCAAGAAUAAAAAUUAAUUCAAGAUAAUCAAUAAGAAAUAAAUAAUGAAAUACAAAAACUUAAGACUAAAAACUAAAAAUUAUUGUCAAAAGUAUUUAGAAUUACAACAUAGUUAAAAAUUUAAAACAACGAAUUAUAAGUUAUGAAGGAACGGCUUUUAAAGUAAUAAGCUAUAAAUCAAACUCUCCUUUCAGAACAUAAUCAAGAAGAAAUAAAAGAAUCUUCAUAAGAUCAAUUAAUUAUAGAUGAUUUCUAAAAUAAUAAAUAAAUUUAAUAAAAUAUCGAAAACAAAUAAUUGGAUAUUGAUUCAGCAAAAAUUAAAAAUUAAAAUAGAUUACUCUAAGGGAAAUUAUUUAGAUCUAUGUUCUUAAUAAAUAAGAAAAAUAAUGAGAUUGAGUAAUUAUUACAGAGAAUUUAGAAAUAAAAAGCAUAAAUUUAGGAGUUAACUAAUUAAGAAGUUUUUGUGAAUACUGAUUCACAUUUAGAUUAAAAAGAAAAUGAAUAAAAUUUUAAUUUUGAAGAAAAAUCGUCAGAGAAAAAUUAAUGUUAAAUUAAUCAAAAUGAGUAUGAAAAAUAGCCUACCUUAAUAGGAAAUCAAAAAUUUAAUAAAAUGGCAGCUAAAUUAUUUAGAAUUAUGAGCAAAUUUAAUAAAUAAAAUAAAUUGAUCGAAAACUUAAAUGAGAGAUUAUCGAAAUAUAAAUCACUAAAUGAAUCAUAAAUUUAAGAAGAUUAACAAUAAGUUGAGGCGAUAAAUAGUAAUUUUCCAGAAAAAUCAUCUGAAGAUGUUAAGUCCACAUCUAAAUAAUAAAAUGAAAUUUAAAGUGUUCAUGACUAAGAAAAUGAUAAACUUAGAAUUGAGAAUAAAAAAUUAUUAGUCAAAUUAUUCAGAGUUAUGAGUAGUUUCAAUAAAAAAAACAAUUAAAUUUUAAUACUUGAAUAAAGGUUAGCUAAAUCAAAAGCAAUUAUUGAAGCUUUAUCCUAAAAUACAGAUUCCAAAAGUGAGGAUAAUGAAAAAUCAAUUAAUUAUAAUUAAGAAAAUGAAAACAAUUAAUUUAAUAGUGAAUGUUAGGAAUAGUAGUUAAAAAAUCAAAAUGAGAUUUAGCUUUUGAAAUUAAAGAAUAAUAAAUUGCUUUCUAAAUUAUUUAGGAUUUUAAGUCAAUAAAAGAAAAAAGAUAAUGAACUUAUUAUAUUGAAUGAAAGAAUAAAAAAAUAAAAAGCACUUAAUGAUUAAUUGAUAGAUUAAAUUUUCGAGGAUAAAAUUGGAAAAAUAAAUCCUGAGUUGCAACAUUAGGAAAUUUCACUUCAAGCAGGCUGUGAAUCGGAUCCAGUAAAACAGCCAGAAAGAUUUUAGGAAAAUGAUAAGAUUGAAAAACUAAAUAAGAAGUUGUUAUCUAAAUUAUUUAGAACAUCUUUUUUGCUUGAAAAAAAAAUAAAGGAAAAUCAAUAAUUAAAUUUGAGAUUGGCAAAAUAAAAUGCAAUAAUAUAAGAAUUUUCAAAAAUAGAAAACAGUACAUAUUAAAUAAAAGAAAAGAAUUGCAAACUUAUAGCGAAACUAUUUAUUCUUACAAGCAAUUUAAAUGUUUAAAAAAAGACUAAUGCGGAAGUAUUAAUUAAAUUGUAGUAAAAGAAAGCUUAAUUAGAAUAAUUAUUAGAAAAUUAAUAAUAAAAUUACACAAAUAUAUAAGAAUAAAAAUAAUUGGAAUUAAGAGAAGAUUAAUAAAACGAUAAUAAAAAUUAAAGUUUAAAUGAAAUGAUAAAAAUCGAAAAUGAUAAAUUAAAUUAAUAAAAUAAAAAAUAUCUAGCAAAGAUAUUUAAAUUAUUAUGUUAAAUGUUUUAAAAAGAUAGAGAAAAUGAUUAGCUAAUGAAAAGAUUAUCAAAAUAAAAGGCUAUUGUUUAAGAUCUUAUUGAUAAUCAAAAUUAGUAUUAUGAGGAUAAUAAAAAUGAUGACAAUAUUAUAAGUUAAUCCAUAGAGUAAAAUGAUAUGAAUUAAGUAGAUAGUUAAAAAAUUUAAAAUAUGUAUAACAAAUUGUUGGCGAAGUAGUUUAGGCUUAUUUAUUAAAAUAAAAAAUUAGAAAAUAAAUUUGAAAAUACAUUUUAAAGAUUAACGAAACAAAAAGAAAUAAACAAUGAUAAACAAAAAAAAAUUGAUGAAUUAGAGGUUCAAUUAGAAGAAUAAUUAAAAAAAUAUGAUGAUUAAAUUUAAGGGAAAUAAAAAGAUGAAUUAUUAAAACAUAACAAAAAUGAAAAAGAAUUUGAUGAAAAUUUUUAGACAGAUUGUGAUGAAGAAGAUUAUUAUAAAAAGAAAUACAAUAAUCUUCUCGAAGAACAUCUUCAUUUACUAAAUGUAGGAGAUUUAAUUAAUGAAUAAGAAAAGUAAUUGAGGAAAGAAUUUUAAUAAUAAUUAGAUGAUGAAAAAUUAAAAGCUAAGGAUUUGUUUAAUAAUCUAUUGAAUGAACAUUUGAAAUUAUAAGAUUAAUGUGAAAAAGCUAUGUAAGCUUUGAAUUAAACAAAUUAAAAUUAAGAAAGUUUGAUUGAUAAGAGUGAAUAUGAAAAAUCCAAAAAUAAAUUUAAUUAACUGUUAGCUGAGCAUUUAGCUUUAGAAGAACUCAAUGAUGAAUUAAAUAAGAAGUAGGAGGAGAAAAAGCAAGAACAUGAAAAAGCUUUAGAUGAAGAAAUUCAAAAGUAAAAAGAGAAAUACAACAAGCUAUUAAAUCAAUACUUGCUCUUGGAAAUGGAUAGAGAUGGAAUAUUAUAAGAAUAAAGUCCUAAAUUAGAAAACUAAUUAGACUUAGAGAAAGAUGAUGAUGUAAUGGAGAGAAAAUUAGCAUAAAAAUAAGAUGUUAAGGAGUAAGAUUCAAAAUAAGACAUCAAUCAAUUAAAUCAAGAACUGUAGAACUAAAAUAAUUAAUUACUAUAAGAAGUAUAAUAGUUAAAGUUGAUGCUAGAUAAAGUAACAAACCAAGAGUCAAAUUAGUAAGAACCAUAAUUAAAUUUAGAAUCUGCAAAUAACGAUGCAUAAAAAUUAGAUUAAGAUUCAGAAGAUUAUUACAAAAAGAAAUACAAUAAUCUUCUCGAAGAACAUCUUCAUUUACUAAAUGUAGGAGAUUUAAUUAAUGAAUAAGAAAAGUAAUUGAGGAAAGAAUUUUAAUAAUAAUUAGAUGAUGAAAAAUUAAAAGCUAAGGAUUUAUUUAAUAAUCUAUUGAAUGAACAUUUGAAAUUAUAAGAUUAAUGUGAAAAAGCUAUGUAAGCUUUGAAUUAAACAAAUUAAAAUUAAGAAAAUUUGAUUGAUAAGAGUGAAUAUGAAAAAUCCAAAAAUAAAUUUAAUUAACUGUUAGCUGAACAUUUAGCUUUAGAAGAACUCAAUGAUGAAUUAAAUAAAAAGCAGGAGGAGAAAAAGCAAGAACAUGAAAAAGCUUUAGAUGAAGAAAUUCAAAAGUAAAAAGAGAAAUACAACAAGCUAUUAAAUCAAUACUUGCUCUUGGAAAUGGAUAGAGAUGGAAUAUUAUAAGAAUAAAGUCCUAAAUUAGAAAACUAAUUAGACUUAGAGAAAGAUGAUGAUGUAAUGGAGAGAAAAUUAGCAUAAAAAUAAGAUGUUAAGGAGUAAGAUUCAAAAUAAGACAUCAAUCAAUUAAAUCAAGAACUGUAGAACUAAAAUAAUUAAUUACUAUAAGAAGUAUAAUAGUUAAAGUUGAUGCUAGAUAAAGUAACAAACCAAGAGUCAAAUUAGUAAGAACCAUAAUUAAAUUUAGAAUCUGCAAAUAACGAUGCAUAAAAAUUAGAUUAAGAUUCAGAAGAUUAUUACAAAAAGAAAUACAAUAAUCUUCUCGAAGAACAUCUUCAUUUACUAAAUGUAGGAGAUUUAAUUAAUGAAUAAGAAAAGUAAUUGAGGAAAGAAUUUUAAUAAUAAUUAGAUGAUGAAAAAUUAAAAGCUAAGGAUUUGUUUAAUAAUCUAUUGAAUGAACAUUUGAAAUUAUAAGAUUAAUGUGAAAAAGCUAUGUAAGCUUUGAAUUAAACAAAUUAAAAUUAAGAAAGUUUGAUUGAUAAGAGUGAAUAUGAAAAAUCCAAAAAUAAAUUUAAUUAACUGUUAGCUGAACAUUUAGCUUUAGAAGAACUCAAUGAUGAAUUAAAUAAAAAGUAGGAGGAGAAAAAGCAAGAACAUGAAAAAGCUUUAGAUGAAGAAAUUCAAAAGUAAAAAGAGAAAUACAACAAGCUAUUAAAUCAAUACUUGCUCUUGGAAAUGGAUAGAGAUGGAAUAUUAUAAGAAUAAAGUCCUAAAUUAGAAAACUAAUUAGACUUAGAGAAAGAUGAUGAUGUAAUGGAGAAAAAAACAAAGCCAUAAGAUUCUUACUUAAAUUCAGUUAGUUUAUUAUAACAAGAUGUCAAAACAGCAGAAUUAUAAAAAAGUCUACAUGAUGAUUAAGAUAAUGAAAAUCCAUUAUUAAAUGAUAUUAAAAAUUUAAAAUUAAAAUUAUCAGAAUUGUAAGAGUAAUUAUCAUUAUUAAAUCAAGAAAAGCUAUAACUUUAGUAAUUUAAUUAAUCAUUAAAUGAAAAGAUAAAGUUAUUUGAAAGUUAAUCAAGCGUAAAUACUAAAUAAAAUUUAGAUAAAAUAAAUCAAGACAAAGAAUAAAUAUAGGAACAGGAUUAAUUUUCAUAAGAAAGAUUUAAUAAAGAGAAUGAUAUUAUAGAAAAAUAAGGCUUGGAAAUAGCUUAAUAAAGAUAGUAAUUAAUCGUAGCAUAAGAAUAAAACAGAACAUUUUAAGAACUAAUAGAAAAACUUGAAAAAGAGAAGGAACUUUUGGAAAAUGAAUGUAAUUAACUAAAAGGAUCACUAGAUAAUCUAGAUUAAAAGUUUAAUGAAAAAAAUGCUUUUUUUGUGUAAACUUUAGAAUAAUUAUUGAAAGAAAAUCAAGAUGAUUUUGAAGAAAAUAAGCAAUUGAUUAACUUAAAUCAAGCUACUUAGCCUGUCAUAUAGAUUCUCAAAAAAAUUUAGCAUGAUUAAGAAUAAAAAUAAUCUAGAAAAUAGAGCCAAGAACUCUAAGCUUCCUAAGAAUAAGAAAAAUUAAUAAUUUUACUUAAACAUUAAAUAAAAACGUUAGAAUUAAGUAAAGAAUAAUAUGGAGAAGGGAUUAGUGAAUUAAAUAGAAGAAUGAUAGUUUUAUUUAAUCAAAAUUCUGUCUUACAAGCAUAAAUAAAGUAAUUAAGUGAUAAGGUCGAGAAAUGAU